GGAGGCUCAGGGAGAGCUUUCCCUUCCCUCCUGAUGCUGGUGCCUCCAGAGCUAGACAGGAAGAUGGAAGCUGGGUGGCCCGAGCAGGGCUGGGGGCUUGGCUGGCCCUUCUGUCAGCUUGAGCUGGCUUGAGCGCAGGCAGGGCCCUGACAGCCUGGGCAGGCUCAGAGGGAGGGAGGUGGGGACCAAGAGACCCGGGGAGGGCUCCCAGGGCCAAGACCCAAGUCUCUGCCCUGCACAUCUGCCAAGGGACUUCCUCAGAAGCUGCUGAUGUUAGGCUUUGGCUUCCUGCUGUGGACUGAGGGGAUGAACUCCGACGGGAGGACAUUCAGGCCUUGGAGGAAAUGAGAGCUUGGCCGACAGGAGGGCCUGGACUCGCAAAGACACUUGGACACCCACAAGCACAGAGACAUGGGUGUGUGACAACUGACCAAGGGGCAUGCAGGUAUGUAUGCGUGGUGCACACAGACACCCUGGGCACAGCCCACUGGCACCAGCGUCAACCCCUGCGUGGCGGCCUGCAUCCCACCCUUCAGGCAGGCCCUGUGGGGCAGAUUUCAGGGAGGAAGGAGGCUGAGUGGGCAGAGUCUGAGGACGGGGCCACCAUCGCUCCCUGGUACUGCAUCUGCGUCCGGGAUCUAGGAGGCAGUCCUCCAUCACUGAGCCCCAAGAUGACUGUCACACCUUGGUCUAAAGCAGGGGCCGGGCCUGAGCCCUGGCCCCUGCCCUGGAGAAGCUCACAGAGCCCCCAGCUGGGGCAUAUCUGGUUUCCAGGGGCAGGGGCAAUACCCAGAGGAGGAAGAAGGGAUUCUGAGAGAGCCCGGCAGGCUCUGAGCCUCAGGCUGGAGCUGAGCUUGGGGCAGCAAGGAAGGACCAGGUGUGAGGGCAGAGCCAUGCGGCCCGACCCCUGCAGCAUGGCCUGUGGCCUCCCCCAGCUCCUGCCUGUGCUUCUGGGUCAGUCUGGACUUUGCCACUUCUGACCAAAAGCCACCGCAAACCCACUCAAGCCAAAAGAGGAAGUGACCACUAGGCACAACUGGGAAGGCCUGCGGCCGGGGGCUCUCCAGGCGGGGCGAGGGGGACACCCAGGACUCCAGACAGGAGUCCUCAGGUGCCACCUUUCCUCUCUACCUGGCCCUGCGUGGGCCCUGUCCUCCUCAGGGUGGCCUGCCGUAGUCCUCCUCCCCACUCCGAGUUUCCUGUCCCAAAGUUCUAAGGAAGUUUCCAGAACUACAUCUCACCAUCUUGAGUCAGCCUUGACUCAGUGUCCAUCUCACAGGCCUGGAAGGGGCAGGAGUCAGCACUGUCCAGACCACAGGGCCUGA